GAAAAGCGAAAGUCUCCUGUGUCAGAAUGUCAUAUGUCAAACUGGUGUCGCUGUGUGUCGCAGCUCCAGGUGUGGCGGCGCUGCUGAGCGGCUCCGUGCAGGCUGCCGCUGCGGAGGCGAAGAAGAAGAGCCCGCAGCCGGCUCUGAGCAUCGAUGAGCUGCCGUCGUUGUACACCAGCCCCGAGGUGGACUCUCGGUAUGUGGAGCCGGAGGCCGGACCGCUGGAGCAGAGCGUCGCAUCGCUGAGGAAAUUGGCAGAACCGUACACAAACCAGUGCCAGAAAACAGGCCAGGCUGCAAUGGAGAAAGUCGAGCAAGUUUACAAGACUGUGGAGCCCACAAUCAGCACCUCCAUAACAGCAGUCACAGAUGUGUACCAGUUCCUCAGUGACCCUCCUCCUGACCUCUACCCCAGUGUGGCGGUGGUGGGUUUCUCCGGCUUCCUGGGACUUUAUUUAGCCAAAGGCUCCAGAGUGAAGCAGCUGCUGUUUCCUGUUGGACUCAUGGCUCUGAGCGCCUCCAUGUUUUACCCUCAGCAGGCUGCGUCUCUGCUGAAGGUGAGUCGGGACUCGGCGUACACCUGGGCUCAGCAGGGCCGCAGCACCCUGGAGACUCUUUGGAAAGAGCCGCCGUUCAGCAAAAAGAAGAAAGAGCGAACAGAGAGCGACGACUCGACCAGCUGAGACGGCAAGAAGAAGACGACACACACCUGAGAGACUUUCACCUCCCAGUAACACACACACACACACACACACACACACACACACACACACACACACACACACACACACACACACACACACACACACACACACACACACACACACACACACAAUCUCCUCCAUGAAGCAGGUCUUUUCACGCCCAUCCACAUUCUGGUUUAUCAGAUAACUCUGAAAUCUGCUUCUUGGAUAUUUCGUCCUCCUCCUCCUCCUCCUGCUCCUCCUCCUGCUCCUCCUCCUGCUCCUCCUCCUCUCCUCCUCCUCCUCCUCCUCCUGCUCCUCCUCCUCCUCCUUGUCUCCAGUCUCUCCUGGUUUCUCCCUCUCUGACGUCAGCUCCUCCAGUCGCUGCUUUGUUCAACAAACACACAUCACAGAGUGGAGUUUGUGCAGCGUUUUCUCUCUGAGGGCGUUUUCAUGCAUCGUACCUGCACUUCCUCCUCCUGUUAUGAGUUAAAGCUGCACAAACACGACGUCGCAGAGACGCAAAGCUGCCAAAACUCACAGAUUACUGAUCAGAGCUGAAACCAGUGAGAGAUUCAUCAGUCAGCUGAAUGACAGAAAAUGAAUCUGCAAAUAUUUUGAGUCAGUUCAUCCUUUUUAUGGUAUUUUUUAAACAACGUUUGCUGCUUAGAGCUCCUCAAAUGUGAGAAUUUGUUCCUUUUCUUCACCUUACUUUUCAUUUAAGUGAAAAUCUUUGGGGUUUUUGGACUUUUUGAAAGCAGUUUGACGUCACCUCAGACAUUUUUUUCACCUUUUUAUGGACCAAAUGAUUAAACUAUGAAUUAAAAAAAAUAAUAGAAAGAAUUUUCCAGUUCUUACCUCUGCUUCUGAGGAUAUUUCUGUUUUUUAGUCUGUUUUUAUUUGUGUCUUCAUCUGGAUAGAAGACGGAUAUCUCAAAAAAUGUUGUGUUAUUGA